AUGUCCUCAUCUGACACAGAACAGGCUCAUGGCGAGCAUGUAAGCAAACAUGCGCACAGGUCUUUGGGACUUGAUCCGUUCAGAGAUCAAGCGAAGGUCAUAAAAUUCUGGGAAGCUGAUCACCUAUUAAAACCCCAAGAACGAAAACAGAUCGCCCAAGACCUUGAUGCCUUCGGUCGUGCCUCUGCCUCUUGGGCGCUUGCAUCAUCCAUGAUUGUGCUCUUUGUGCCCACCAUUCAAGAUCGCCUAAUAAGAUACAGAGCAGGCAAGCCAACCAAUUUGCCUAACAACGUGCCAAUUAAAGCGCCGCUUUUCAAAUCUCCUUUCAAGUCAAUCUUCUUAAGUAUCAUCACAUUUGAAGUGAUGAUGAACAUCAAUUUAUAUACAUACUUUCAGGUAAAGAGGAAAGACAUGGCACUGCUAGCAGCUAGCGAAACCCCGCCAGAUAAAUUCACCAGAAUGAAGACCGUGUGGGAUUUAAUUCCCAUGACUCAUGCCCCAUUUUGGGCGAGGUAUUAUGACCUUACCAGUAAGAAUGCCUCCUUCAUAAUGCGUGAUCCCAGGACAUUGACAAAAGAUGAUCUUCACAAACCACACUAUAUCCCAGAAGCUGCUCAAAGGAGGCCCAUUGGUUUUGGUAACUCCACAAAACAGGAACAAACCGAUGACAACUCAGAAUGGAAGCAUCUCCGUGACAUAAACUUUCCAAAAAGCGAGGUACCAGAAUCCACGCUGCAAGAACAACUGGAUGAAGCUGACGAUGUGUUUCCCAUAGCCGAAGAAUCCAAACCAAAGAGUAGGUGGGAUGAGAUCCGCGAGGGAAAGUAA